AUGAGCACAACCCCCACCAAGACCCACGCAACUACGGACUUUAUCGCUGCCGAUAAAGCACCUGCGGCUGUGGACGUCGCCGCUGUCCCCAUGACUGGCAGCACCUUCGACCAGCACGGCGUGGUCGUGGGCAAGUGGAAGGCCGACAUCUUUGGAUGCUUCACGGAUUUCGUGCCCAACUGCCUCCUCGCGUCGUGCUGUCCGUGCGUGUCCCUCGCGCAGACUCUGCACCGCAUCGGCAUGUACUCGUACACAACCGUGACCGCCAGCCCCACCAUGACCCGAUACACCAUCGGCAUCAGUUUCACGUACUUUUACAUCACCAUGGUGCUCCAGUGCUGCUCAUUGCCGCAUUCGUCGUGA